AUGGCAAGAUUAUUUACUGUCGUUGCUCUCAUUGUCUCAGCCUUUUGCUUCGCAUCUGUCUUGGCUGCACCAAACGAUGCUUCCAGAAAAGAUCAAAUUUUCUUUGUUAAUGGCCAGAUCUACUGUGAUCCAUGCGCCUUCCAAUUGCAGUCAAGGCUGAGCAAACCCCUAAAAGGUGUUAAAGUGACUUUUGAGUGCACUAAGGGAGAGAAAAAUGUGACAUUUGUGAAGGAGAGUACCACCGACAAAGAUGGUUUCUACAACAUUAAAGUACACGGUUAUCAUGAGGAAGAGGUUUGCAUGGUGAAACCCGUAAAUACAAAGGGUACAUGUACAACAUUUAUGGAGAACAACAUCAUUGUCCCCACCAAGAUGGAGGGUGUCGUUCGCGUGGUUCGUGUUGUUAAACCCCUUGCAUUCAGGACCAAGACAAUUGAUGAGGAAUGUUACAAGCUUGCCAAUGAGUUGGGUUUGGACAAGAUUGAUGAUAAUUGA